AUCAAUCCGGCAGCCAUUUAUGAAAGUGGUGUAUAGAGUGGUUAUUUAAAAAGAAUAAAAUGAAUGAAUAUUCAAUUAUGAUGCUUAAGGUUCAUCACGUUAUUUAAAUUGUGCCCAGAGGGUCAAGAGUACACCCUUUACUUGAAGGGAGGAGGUCUCGUCAGCCCAACUCCAACUGGGUGGCACGCAAUUUUUGAGGGAGAGUUGCGUGACAUUACAGUAAGGAACUGAGACUAAAGAAAUAAAGCUUGUUGCACAUGGAUGAGUUAUGUCGCGUUGUUCUUAAACUGUUCUCAAACUGUCUGGACAUAUUUAACAGUGGAGUGGAGCAUUUGUCUUAGAUUCUCAUUAAAACGGUCUUAAAUGCGAGAGAGAAAAUUUUACAUCACCUAACAUUACGUGACACAAAUUUUGGCCACCCAUUUCUAUGAAAAGUUUAGCUCUUACCUUCACUUAAAAAUGAAGAAAUUUAGCAUCGCAAGCACGUGGCAGUCAUAGGCCACCAUCAUACACGUGAUGUUCUAGCUCUAAAAUAUCUCUAAACUCUUAAUUAGCCAACAAAGAGCGACAGUUCUUCACUCUGUAGUCGUGGAAGUCUGUUUUUGUUCACUCAACUCUAGUGCGUGGUAUCUAAUUUCUCGUUACAGCAACACUACUUAGGCUCGAUUACCAGCCGCUGUUCGGGAACCGGAGCCCACGCUCCUCCCCGAACCCACGAGAAGUCACGAGAAUUAAGAAAGUGACCAUACAAAUUCUCUUUGUCGGUAUCAUAGGAAAUGUACAGAGAACAGUAUGAAGAAUAUGCAUGCUGAUGUUAGGGUGUAAAAUGGUUAGAAAUAAAUGUUGGGAUGCUGACUGAAACUGAAUAAACAGGACAGAUUGUGAGCGAAUUUUACUAUCAAAUAUGAGGGCUCCACUCUCUCUCUCUUUCUCUCUCUCUCUCUCUCUCUCUCUCUCUCUUAGAACAAGAAUGGAAAAACAGAUCCUGCUACAAAUUUUCAAAGGAAUUUUAUUCAUGAACGUAUUCAUUGCAAGAGACAAAGUUGCCGCAGUUUAUUGCCCUAGUCCGCCAAUAACAUAUGCUACAGAAGGCGAUAAUGUCACCUUGUGCUGGCGAAUUGCAGAAAACUCUAGCAUUGUAGCCCGCUAUUAUGUUAAGGCCCUGUCAAGGCCAGUCGAAGCUGAAAUGGACUCGGUCGGCUCUGCAAAUGGGACUGGACAUUUUGAAAGGGUGUACGCAAGCAAACAUGACGGAAAUUACAUCAACAGAGCCACUGUAUCUGCCGAUUUACCUGCCGGAAUGGUGUAUCUCAGGAUUACAAACUACACCAGACAGAUGGACAAUGUGUACUGUGUAAAGUACCAAACCCGGGAUGGCAGAGAUGACUCAACACCAUGUCAUUCUCAAGCGCUGUUAUUGCGCAGUGUUGACCUUCGUGAAGUUCCAUUUCAAACCACCACAAUAAUGGCAACAGAAACCACCACCAAACCUACCACAGCGGCGAAAGUAUCAACCAACCCCAAAACUGAGAUGAGCACAACAACAACACCAGAAGCUACAACUGAAGGUCCAAUCACUAUCGAGGCUUCUCCCUCAAAGACUGCAUUGAUAGUUAUGAGCUGUUUGUUUGCUAUUGCCCUCAUAGGCGCCAUUGUUGGCUUCCUUUUGUUUUGCAAGGCAAGGAAACAAUCUGACCAUAUUCCCGAGAAAACGAAAUGUAUAGAUGAAACUGAGCCACUUGAACUACCCUUAAAACUAACUGAUCCAACAGUUACAACAUUGACUAAGUAACUGGUCAUUAUUCGUCACCUCGGGAGAGAGGAGGGGAGGCUGAAUGAUAAAUUUUACACGAUUCCAGGCUCCUUGUCCCCCCCCCCUCAUUGGUCGUUCAUUUUCUAUAAUACUUAUCCCCUAUACACUCUACCAGCAACGUCUGAUCUCCCCUGCGCCUUCCGUUUCCCCUGAAAACAAUGUGAUCCCCAAAAUUCCUCCCCCCCCCUCUCAGGUAAUAUAUAACUACUGGCCUUUAAGACCUUGUCCAUACUUGGCAGGAUAACAGACCCUUCGCAGCUAAAACAGGAGUGUGAGCAUUUGUUUGUGCCUAUUUUGUUUUGCUGUUUUUGUAUAGUUAUCGUUAUGUUAUGUAUAAAAGUUUGAGCCUAUUAACAUCUUUUGAUUUAAUUUAUUUGUGAAUAGUGAGCCAUGGAAGCCAUAGCCUUGACAAAUUUUCAAGCUUUGAUUUGGUGCCAAUGAGUGAAACUCCGCGUGUCUUGAUCGUAUUUUUUUGAAAAUGUAAAGUCGAACUGUUAGACCUCCUCUUCAGUUUUAGGUGUACUGAGUUUAAUCUAAGAGAAUUUUUCUCGCUUUUGCGUUUGGCUUACCCCGCAGGCGAAGAAAAUAUAUAGUUUUAUUAGUGUUCUUAUUUCUUUAUUUAUUGAUUUUGCUUAGGACUUUUAAUUUAUUUUAAAGUAAAUA